AUGGAAAUGGAGUUGCUAAGAGCCGAAGUUGAGAACUCGGGAGCUUCCGAUCGGCGAAUGCCAGGAAACCUGCAAUCCAUGGUGCGCCAAGCCGUUAUGCACGAGAAUGCAUCGAUAUACCAAGAGCUUGCGCGACUUCGAGCGCAAUGCCAUGAGCUCUUCGGUCGAGGACCCAGUCCGCAGCAAGAGGCAAACCAGUCAUGGUCAGAGUACCUCGGACUUACUGCAACGGAGCCCGCUCCGAAGCCAGCGCCCUUCAAACCGCCGGGUAUGGGUAUGGAGGAUUUCGAGGACUCGGAGGACGACAUGGGUCAUGUUCCGGGCUCUGAGCCUGUGCGCCAGAUUCAUCAUGGGGAGUUUCAGGCUGCACCGUUCCUUGGACUGGAGGUUAUUGACUUUCAGCAUUCUAUUUGGGAUGCCGCGCUCAUCGUCAUGCUGCAUUCGCGAGACAGGGCACGGCAAGUUGUGGGUAAUUUUAAUGCUUUCCUGGCGACAACUCUCCUGCUGAUGAACAUUGCGAUUCAGGUUGGCCUGAUUCUUGCAGUGAACUCGCUGGCAGAACCGAACCCGCUAGGAACAUUGAAAAGCGUCCUGCGAGAGCAGCGCAUUCGAGAAGGUCAAGCGUAUCACAACUUUGACCGUAAAGAUUUGAUAACCCAAACGCAGCAAGUAUGUAACCAAAAGCUGUACAACGAGAUGGCAGACACAACGCAUUGGCUCGCGGAAUAUACGAAUCGCGGUGGGGUCUUCGGCAAACUUUCUGGGGACGUGAUCUGUAUGCUGGCUAUGUUUGUUUGGGUAACGAGCAUGGCCACAGAGCUCCGGCGCACUGUGCACGACAUGGGCUUGGUGGUGGUUUCCCUGCCACGGACGGAGGAAAUGAAGUACGAGCUCCGACAAGGACGCUACAUUAUCACAGGUGUGAAGACAGUGCAGAAGGCCUUCUCGGUGAUGAUGGUCAUCCUGCCAAGGACUCUCAUAGCAGUGUUCCUGCUGUGGUACGGACUCAUCUACCUGGCUGGUACAAUCAAUAUUGACGACCUGCUGCUCAAUGCAGUUGCAUUAGAGUUUGUAAAGAACAUUGACGAACUCCUCUUUGAAGCACUGGUUCCACGGCGAAUGGCAGCGAUGGUCAGUAACAUGGCGAUCCAGAUCUAUGUCUCACGGCACCACACACUUCUGCCCAAUGAGCUCCGGGAGGGCCGAUUGGACUUCACGGGUCUGCUGCCACCGGAGACCAAACGUGGCCUCAGCUUGUCGCUGCAAAGCUUCUAUGCGCUUUUCCGCGUAUUUUACAUCGCCGGAAUCCUGGUGGGUGGCUGGGUCUUCUAUCUUGCGCCCGUCGCGGAAGAUGCACGCGAAGCUCUCGAUGCUGUGUGUGGGCAUGAUGUGACCUUCACCUACAUGCUGCACCCGGUUACGAACAUACCAGUGUUUGCCCACGUGGAUCCGCUGGAGCCCGGCCGCCACGACAAAGAGGAGCUGCGAUGUUUCUAUGCCGCACAGUUCGAGAUGGUGAAGUUGCGGGCAGGUUUCCAGUCUGAGUACUUGGGGGCGAACUCCACUUUGGCCGCCAUGAUCGGUGGCUUCCACCCUGCGUGCAAACCGGAGAACAUCUGGCAGGCUGCGGAUGUCGCGUGCCCUGAGACGAGCUUGCAGUAUUUCGAGCGGGCAAAGAUGACAGGCCCCGCAGAUUUCUUCAAGAACAAGAACCAGGACUGCAGAGAUCAGGACGUCUUCUUUGCCGUCCUCCGGGCGCUUUGCACACAUCCCAAGUUCACGGUGUACACGGCUGGCGAGCUGGACUUCUUCCAGGACACUCAUCAGUGCAGUGAUUUGCAAAUGCAAUGCCAUAAGAGUCGGAAUCACGAGAUUUCCCUGCCAUGGUUCUGGCAGCUCCAGAAAACCUGUCCGGAGACGUGUGGGAUGUGUGAGAAGGGUGCUCCCGGAGGUGCUUUGGCGUCGAUCGGAGAAUAG